AUGUCUGGAGCAGCAACAUUCAAUCUACUAACUCGUCUUCUUAAUUAUGUCUUUGCUAUACCCUUUCUGAUCCUAGGUAUAAUCGGAGCAGUUUUAACUGUUAUAGUCUUUACUCGAAAACGUGCAUUUCGACAUAAUACAACUAUAAAUUACUUAUUGGCAGGUGCAAUUGUAACAGGUAUCCAUUUACCAGCAAUUUAUAUUCAAAUGAUCCUCGUUUAUGGUUUCAAUAUCUCAUUAAUGAAUACAAAUGUUGCCGCUUGUCGUGAACACACCUAUUUACGUUAUGUAACAACAGUAGCUGCAAUUUCGUUUCCAUGUUGGGCUUCUUUCGAUCAAUAUGCUAUUACAUCUCGACAAGUUGCUUUUCGAAAUCGUUGGAGUUCACUGCGUAUUGCUCGAAUAAUUAUCGUCUGUAAUAUGAUCUUUUGGAUCCUCAUUUAUAUACCGGUCUUAUUUUUUACUGGAAUCCGAUAUGGUGUCUGUGUAUUCAUACCUAGUCCAUAUACAACAUUCAAUACAUAUGUGUUCACACCGUUGGUUUAUUGUAUAUGUCCUAUUGCAGUAGUUACAUAUUGUACAAGAGGUACUAUACAAAAUCUUCGUUCGAAUGUUAUUCUCAAUACUCAUGACCGUCUUUCAAAACAAGUUCGUGCAAUGCUCGUUCCUCAACUUAUAAUUCUUUCUAUAUCGGGAAUACCAUUUGGUUUUCAAGGUGUCUAUCUUGACAUCACCAGUUACAUUGAAAAAGAUACUUUCCGUAUUGCAAUAGAAAAUUUUGCUGGUCAAGUCAUUCUUAUUUUUUAUCAUUUUAAUUAUGUAUUUACAUUCUAUAUUUAUUUGUUUAUGUCAAGUGAAGUGAGAAAAGUAUUACAAAGAGACAUUUUCAGAUUUAUGAGAAAAACUCGGGUCAGUCCAUUUAAUGUUAAAACAGACAAUUCAAUAAGUCUUCGACCAUUGAAUAACAUAAACUCUUAA